GAUGGCAAGCAGAACGGCGACAAGGACUCCGUCGGCUUGGACCAGGAGAUGCGUCAGCUUUGGGGCAUGAAUAUGAGGUCCGGCCAGAUGCCCGCCAUGGACACGAAUCAGGAGGCCGGAAACUUCAAUGGUCCAAGCAAAGGCAACGGCAAGAAGGACGGCAAAGCUGGCAGGAACCGCAACAGCCAUGACAACAUGGGAGGUGGAAAGGGUGGCAAGGACAUGCAGAAAUGGGUCGAGAAGAGGGGGCCGCAGGGCAAGGGCCAAACUCAACGGAGGAUGUCGCAACACGGGAAGAGCCACGGUAAAGGUGGCUAUCAGCAGCCGCUCAUGGGCAUGUUCGCUCAAAGCCCGGGCCCCAAGAAGAACAAGAAGGGUGUUGGCCGAGAUUUGGAGAUGGACGACUGGCUGAAAUUGCGAUUUGGAGCCGGCAAGCAAGGUGGUGGCAAAGGCCAAGCCAAGGGCAAGGCUGGCAGCGCGCCAGCGGCAGCUUGA